UGAAACGCCCACUUUUUUCUUCGCCCGCUUUGUAACGUGGCCGUCGGGUCGCUUUGUGUUCGUCGAAUCUGCGCUGCUAUCACUCAUUUCUGUCCUUUUAGGGGUCACCACAAUGUCCAGUGACGAGAGAAGGCGCGCUCAACGUUCACAUCAUCCCACACUCGCACAUGGACGCCGGCUGGGUGAAGACCUUCGACGAAUAUUAUUACGGCACUAAAACGUCCGUCAGCACAGCCAAUGUACAGCUCAUAUACCACUCCGUGCUCUCCGAACUGCUGCACGAUAAAAGACGAACAUUCACCUUCUCAGAAACAGCUUACUUCUGGCGCUGGUGGAAGGAGCAGCGCGGACCCACUCGCAGUACCUUCCGAGCGCUGGUGGCGGAAGGCCGCAUCCAGUUCGCUGGCGGCGGCUGGGUGCAGGCAGAUGAGGCCACGUCUGACUACCUCCAACUCUUGGACCUGUACACUUGGGGACACCGAAAACUGAACGACACCCUCGGCCCGUGUGGCAAGCCUAAAGCUGCGUGGCAGAUCGACACUUACGGCCACAGCAGGGAGCACACCUCGCUGCUCGCUCAGAUGGGCUUUGAUGGAUUGUUUAUUGGAAGAGUAGACCACAAAGAGAGAGAAGCAAUGAUAGAAGAAGACAGAAUGGAGUUCAUGUGGAGGGGAAGCGACGUUCUUGGUAAGAUGUCCGACAUAAUGAGUCACACGCUGUUCAACUUGUACAACGCGCCCGACGGAUUCUGCUUCGACUUCCUGUGCAGCGACGAGCCGAUCGUCGACGACCCGGACUCUAAGGUCUACAACGCGGACAAAAGGGUCAACGACUUCGUAACCCAGAUAGAGCGACAGGCGAAGUACUACGACCACGACAACAUCCUGGUGACGAUGGGCGGGGACUUCACGUACCAGAGCGCUGCACACUGGUUCAUGAACAUUGACAAGCUAAUCAACCACGUGAACACGCACCCCGCCAACAUAUCCGACAUCAACAUAUUCUACUCGACGCCAUCUUGUUAUUUGAAAGCUAUCUACUUGUACGGGAGGAGGGAUAAAGCUGUUUACACAGAGAAGGGUGACCACCUACCAUACGGGAGCGAUGCCAACACUUACUGGACAGGGUUCUACACGUCGAGGCCAAGCCUCAAAUAUUUUGUCAAAAGAGCACACGUUUUUUUGCAGAUAGUAAAACAGCUGUCAGUACUGUCCCGUGCGGGCGACUCGUAUGAACUGCACUUAUUCCGUCACGCCGUCAGCUUGGCCUUCCAUCACGAUGCGCUGACAGGCACCAGUCAACAGUAUGUAGUGAAUGACUUUGUGAAAACAAUAUCGGAGGCUAUUAAUGCUUGUUCAAAGAAAGUGUCACAGUUUUUGCUAAAUUUAACUCCGACUUGGGGUGGAAGCAGACGUUCAAAAAACAGUCAGCAAUUUGUCGUUUGUCACCAGCUUAACAUGAGCCAGUGUCGGUUCGCGGAGGCACAAGAUUCGAUGCUGCUGGUGGUGUACAACCCGCUCAGCGUGAUGACCUACCAUCACGUGCGGCUCCCGGCCGUCGCACUGCAAUACACCAUUAGAGACUUUAACGAUGAAGAAGUGGUGCACCAGCUGGUGCCGCUGCCGACGCCGGUGAUCAACCUGCCGGGCCGCAGCUCCAGCGCCAUUCAGGAGCUGUGCUUCGAGGCCGAGAGCAUCCCGCCGCUGGGCUUCACCUCCUACUACAUAGCACCUGUCCGAGACCAGACGGCGGAAGGUCAAUUUGUGAAAAAGUUUAAACAGAAUCCAGAAGCGGAACAAGAGUUGCCCCACAUCUCGAACGAGUAUAUAAAAGUGUCAGUGGACAGAACAACUGGUCUACUGGAGUCAGUGCAACACGUGGACGGCGCCAAGAUCAUGAUAUCUCAGAACUACUACUACUACAGCCAGGGGCAGCAGGGCGCGCACUCCGGCGCCUACAGCUUCAGACCUGAGCGGAGCAGACCUACGCCCGUGAGCGACAAAGCUUCCUACCACAGUAUCCGUGGGCCACUCGUGAAGGAGAUCCGCCAGCGGUUCAGCGACUGGGUGACGCAGGUCAUCCGCCUCUAUCGUGGCGAGGAGUUCGUGGAGCUGGAGUGGAUCAUUGGACCCGUGCCUAUUGGGACGGACCUGGGCAAGGAGGUGGUGUCGAUAUUCAAGACGAAUGUGAGCAACCACGGCGUGUUCUACACGGACUCCAACUCGCGGCAGAUGAUGAAGAGAACUUGCUGGAACGAAUCUAACGGUCAGCAACAGAAGAAGCCAGUGUCGGCGUGCUACUACCCGGUGACGUCACGUGCCUGCCUGCGCGCACGCAACGCGAGCGUGCACGUGUGCGUGCUCACCGACCGUGCGCAGGGGGGCACGUCCUACGACGAGGGCGAGAUCGAGCUGAUGGUUCACCGAAGAUUGCUGACAGACGAUGGCUUUGGCUUAGAAGAAUCGUUAAACGAAGAGGCGUUUGGACUGGGUUUGGUUGUCAAGGGCAAGCACAGGAUCUUCUUCGGGAAUGUCAAACAUGAUGUUGAAGAACUAACGUUUUCGGAGAGGGCGACACAAAUGUCGCGCAAGUGGACGUUUGAGCCGUGGCUCUUCAUGACCUCCGGGGAGAAGAUCAGUCGGAGAAAGUGGCAGAAUGUUCGGAACAAGAGGUAUUCCGCCCUCCGUCUGCACGGACUGCCGCGUCACAUCCACAUCCUGACGCUGGAGCCGUGGAAGGCUGGCUCAGUGCUGCUGAGGAUAGAGAACACGUUGGAGACAACGCAUGGACCGCAAGUUAAACUCGAUUCUGAAUCGCAAGAUGAAUUGAGCAAAUCGUCCCACGUCACUGUGGACUUGCGGAAACUGUUCAUUCACUUCAAAAUUAAGAAGAUCAGGGAAACUACCCUCGCCGCCAACCAAUGGCUAGAUGAUGCUCGACAGAUGGACUGGAGUACAAGAUAUGUUUAUUCUGGAGGCGAUGAUGGCAUUUUUCCCGAAGACAACCCAGACUAUCUCGAAGAAAUGUCGCAUUCCCAAGUCACUAAGUCAAUGGAUAUUAGAGAAUCUGCACAUUAUUCAGAAGAAGAUGACUAUACCAAAAAUAAAGUAUACAGGCAUACUGAUUUUAAUAACAAAUCACAACACAAGAUUAAAAACACACAAAUAUUUGAAAAUAGGAAUAAAAGGUCUGCAAAUAUUACAGAAAAUGUAAUAGACCAAAAUGGAACGAAUGAAACUAAAAAAGUAACAACCAGUAAUAUAAAAGCAGAACAAACAAAUAAUGAAAUUUCAAAUGAGAACCACACAGUUAAUUUCCAAAAUAGCACGUUAAAGCCAAAAAUAAUCGAAAGUACUACUAAGUUCUUCCAACAGCAAAUAACGACAAGAAAAACGCCGAAACUAAGUUUUUUGACUGCUAAAAUAAAACCGUCGAAAUUAUUCAAUACGGAUUCAGCCAAAAGUGAGGAGUUCAUUUCAUCAGACGAAUAUUUUCCAUCGACCACAAAAAGGCGUUUGUCGAAAAAGAAAAGUAACAUGACGAAAGCUUUCAAAGACUACGAUGGCACUGAUCUUUUCCUAGACGACAAAGAUGAUGGAAUAACAAAAUCAAUGUACGACAUGUACUAUAAAAGUUUUCAAAGUAGUCCCAAACAAACUGCAUUCAAACCACAUCUAAGAAGUACAGAAGAGACUGUAGAGCGUUACGUACUAGAAAAUAACAGAAGGGUUCAAGAAGAUAGCUGUGAAACUACUUCUACUCGUAAAAGGAGUAAACAUAAAAGAAGAAAGGGAACUAUAGGAAUGCCGUUCUUUAUGGUGGAUAGCGCAUUUGAUGCAGAAGGUGCAGAAGUUAGAAAUAUUGAUAGGGAAAGUGAACCAGGAAAGAGCAGAUAUUUACUGGCUACAUUACUAAAACGAGAAUCAGUUAAGGGGCGUGAUAAAAUACGUAAAGAUUACGAAGACGAUGCGCAAGAAGAAGAUUUGCUAGAAGAAGAAAUGGAGAACGAAGAACGUAGUCCUAGUCAGCGACGUAAACGGUCUAUCAUGAACGACGAGCGAACUGAGCAAAGCUCAGAGCCUGAUCCUGAGCAUGUGAUCACGCUCAGGCCAACGCAGAUAAGAACUUUCGUCAUAUGGUUCUAUGAUAAAAAACCUUAUAAUUUGUAGGUAGUCCAAAUUAUACCUACCUAUUAGAUAUACCAAGUGGUUAGACUUGGUCAUGACUCUCAACACCAAAACUGAAUUCCCCUCCACCUCUGAUAGCCAUGGGUUUGAUUCCCAGCUGGGAUUUUAUAUUUAACAACUUCAACCAAUUGUUAAAAUAGGGUUAAAGUGCGUGCAUGUUUGUUCCUCCUUUUCGCUGCGGCUACUGAACCGAUUUGGCUAAAAUUUGGAAUGGAAAUAGACUUUACUCUGGAUUAACACAUAGGCUUAUAUACUUUUCAUCCCGGAAAAAUCCAUAGUUAUCGCGGGAUUUAUGAAAAACUUAAUUCCACGCGGACGAAGUCACGGGCGUCCGCUAGUAAUUCAUAUUGCCUAUUUAAUUAUACCUUCUUACUUUAGGUUUAGGUUCUUAGGUUUAGGGAUACGUUUAAGUUUUAUAUCCAUUAUUAUUAAAAAUAUUAUAAAAUACAA